AGGGGUUGGAGUUCAGUUGCCCUGGGCAGGACUUGCUCACUUGCAGGGACACAGGAAUAACUUCUGCAUAGGACAGUGAUACGUUGCAGUUCACUCUCCCCAUGGAAGAAAUUGAAGCCAGAGAAGCCUGUGACUGGCUGAGAGCUGCUGGUUUUCCCCAGUAUGCUCAGCUAUUUGAAGAUAUGCAGUUUCCCAUUGAUGUAAAAACUGUGAGGAAAGAUCACGAAUUUUUAGAUGGAGAUGCGAUUGAAUCGCUAUUCAGACGGUUGAACACGUUGAAUAAGUGUGCAUCAAUGAAAGUGGAAAUAAGCCGUCAGAGGAAACGGAGUGAUGACUCUGAAGAUGAUGAACCUUGUGCAAUAAGUAACAAAUGGGCUUAUGAGAGAUGCAGUCAGAGAUGGUCUCGUAUUGAAAGCCUAGAAGGUGUCCCAGGAGAGGAAGGUGCUAGUGCAUCAGUCCCAGGCAGUCCAAUACUGAAGAGCAUCAGCAGUGAGGAUACUGUCUUUCUGGAUCAUAACGAGAAACAUGAUGUGUCCUCAAUUAACAGUACUAGCAGUGGUGACAGUGACAUUGUUAACUUUCCAAAACCUUUUGAAGAUGUGGAAACCAGCAUGAGUUCCUCAAGAUGUUCCUCAAUUAAGGUGGCUUCACUGGACUCUGCUUUUAGCUCUUCUCCUCCCCCCACUGAAUUUUUACAUAUCACCAGUGAAGGGAAGCUUUUGGAUAAGUCACCAUAUAAAAAGAGGAAGAGCCUUCUAAAGAAAAUGGAGAAAUUACACUUAAGGAGCUGCAACUUAAGGAGUGGUCAGUCAAAGGCCAAACCCAUAAUAAGUGAACCUGUUCUUCUGGAAGGAUUUAAUGAAGAAAAGAUGAAGAUGCUGAACUGUGUAAAUAUUUCUGACCUCUCUGGUGUCCAAACAAAGAACAAUUCUUCCUUUUCUCCCCAGAGUUGCAAUAGCAGUAACCAGUCUGACAAUAGCCGCAUAGUGAGCAGUCCAAGUCCUCUUAUAAAACCACAAAGCCACUGUGAAGGAAGGGGGGUGUAUGCAGAGGACUUGGAUUCUAACAAGCUCUUGCUGUGGAAUGAUCUAUCUCAGCAAAACCUAAAAAAUGACAUGAAGUUACAAAUGAACCAGAUGUUUCAAAUACCACAAGGCCAUAAACCUGGCACUUUCCCCAAAGCACUUACAAACAGCUCCCUGUCUCCAGGAGACAACUCUUCCAUCAACUGGAGAACAGGGAGUUUUCAUGGAUGCAGGAGGAGCCGAAGCAGAAGCAGUUCCAAGGACUCCAAAGCCCCCAGGGGCCCCGUUUCAUGCACAGAUAAAAGGCUGAGUGUAUAUGACAACAUGCCCAAUAUUGAACUUGAUCAUUUGGAGGCAGCACAAGUUGGUGAUGAUGACAUUUUUUCAGAACUGAAUAAUGUUAUAGAAGACGUCAAAGGUCUCAAAAAGUUGGUUGAUCAGUGGACAGAGAAGUUCUCAGAUGAUGGGGAUUCAGACUUUGCAAGUGACUUGACAUCUUUGUAUCCAUCCUCACCUAAAGAAAUCUGUCUUGAAACAGAGGGCUCAGAAGAUAAGCCCGCAGACCUUGCAACCAUCGAGGGAGAGAGCAGCUGUGAACUGGGCAAGGAGAUCAGUUCUGCAGAACUGGCAUACAUGACAAACUCCAAAAAGACCAACAGGCACAGGAAGCAACACUGGUCUGUGGAGGAGAGCGUGAACUUGGAAAGCCUUUCCAUCCAUACUGAUGGCCAGUCAGCUGCCCAGCUAGUCCGGACACAAAAGCUGGCUUUGUUGAAACUCACUGCUUUAAUGGACAGAUACUCCCCUUCCAGUAAGCAGGGCUGGAACUGGACUAUACCAAAGUUCAUCAAAAAAAUAAAAGCCUCUGACUACAAGGACAAAAAUGUGUUUGGGGUUCCUUUACUUCUGAAUGUUCAGCGAACAAGUCACCCACUGCCUAAUGGCAUACUGCAAGCACUGGACUAUUUAAGAAGCCACUUUCUUGACCAGGUUGGUCUGUUCCGAAAAUCUGGUGUUAAAUCCAGGAUUCUGUCUUUAAGAGAGAUGAAUGAAACCAACCCAAACAACGUGUGUUAUGAAGGGCAGUCAGCAUUUGAUGUGGCAGAUAUGGUGAAGCAGUAUUUCCGAGACCUUCCUGAGCCUAUAUUUACUAGCAGGCUCUGUGAAUCCUUCCUCCACAUCUACCAAUACGUGCCAAAGGAUCAGCAGUUUCAGGCUGUCCAGGCUGCUAUUCUCCUUCUCCCAAAGGAAAACCGAGAAGCUUUGAAAAUUCUCCUGUUCUUUCUGCGAGAUGUGGUUGCUUUUGUUGAGGAAAAUCAGAUGACUCCAACCAACAUUGCUGUCUGUCUUGCACCUUCUUUGUUUCACCUCAACACCCUGAGACGGGAUAGUUCUUCUUCCACUAGAUCUAGUCAGAGGAAGUGCAGCUUGGGGAAGCCAGACCAGAGGGAGCUGAGUGAGAACCUGGCAGCGACGCAGGGCUUGGCCCACAUGAUCAUGGAGUGCAACAGACUCUUCCAGACUGACUUCCCGGCUUGACCUCGGCCUUUCCUCGUCAUUAUGGCUUUGCCUGGCGAUCACUAGACUGUGGCUGACCCUGGUUACUGUCACUGGACCUGAUCCUGACCUCCUCUGCUGACACCUUCCUGGCUCAACCUUGGACCACAUCACUGUGGAUGCGUGUGAUGAUCCGGACUCUCGGCCGACGCUGGCUGCCACCUCAGGCUGGGCUCAGGCACUGUGAGACUGGGUGGCUGCCCUGACAGCCCCAUUAUCCCACUUGACUCCCAGCCUCUUUCUCUCAGGAGCCACUAGCCCUUGGUGCACCCCAACAGUCAGCUCAGGCCUUCUCAUGCUCCACUCCAGCACCACGGCCGGGCAGGGGCUGCUGUCCCAUUGGCUCCCCUGAACUGACACAUGGCCCUGCCCCAGGGCUUCCCCCAGCACUGACCCCCACAACCAGCCCCUUGCUUCCCACUGACAGCCACACCCCCAGCCCAGCCUGGGGGCUGAUCUCUCCGUGGCAUCAGUCCCCAGUGUGGCCAGAGUUCCUAAGUGACCACCCCCCAAACCCCCACCCCGCUGCCAGACCAGGGGGCCCUGACCCCUGCUGCCUGCCUCACACCCUACAGUCAGCCCUGGCGAGAUGGGAGCUGGCCCCAUCCUGGCCGGCAUGGACCCCCAAAAUAGCCCCACAGGGACUCCAAGCUGCCCUUGGACCCACCGACAUCCUGCAUG